AUGAGCCGCGUUCGUACUAAGACCGUCAAGAAGGCUUCUAAAGUUUUGAUCGAGAAGUACUACACUCGCAUGGGAUCAGAUUUUCACGUCAACAAGAGGAUCUGCGAUGAAGUAGCUAUCAUUGGUAGCAAGGCACUUCGCAAUAGAAUCGCUGGGUAAUUGUUUUAACGUUGUUUUCAAUAUGGUUCAAAUUUUUUUAAAGAUACAUCACCCAUCUCAUGAAGAGAAUCGAGCGUGGCCCAGUUCGUGGUAUCUCCAUCAAAUUGCAAGAAGAGGAGCGCGAGCGUCGUGACAACUACAUGCCGGAGGUUUCUGAGGUUGAUCCGAGCCAGCUUCUGUCUCUCAAAGUCGAUCCUACGACCAAGGACAUGCUCGAAAAACUGGUUUGUUUUCAUCGAGUUGCGUUUCUUAGCGAGUUACUUGUUUAGGGAUUCAACCUUUACAACGUCUCCGUUGAGGAUCACAAGAACUACAAAGGAGGAAACUAA